AUGGGCUCAUCGAACGGUAAAAACCGGUAUAGCGGCAGCAAUGUGACACAGAUGAAGGGGAGUACAUCCACGCAGUCAAGCAAGGCGUCGUCCUCCACCUCUGGCCCGACACGCCAUUUUAUAGUUCCAAAGCCGCCCGCCGUGCCGGCGUGCCUGCAACAGGGGCGCCGGGAAAGUGUGGCCGUGAGUGUCAAUGAACGCGGCGAGCCGGCGACAACUGGGUCCUCUCCAGCAACAGAAAUGGGACACACCACCAGCGAGAGCGCAAGUGCCUCACAGGACCUUUUUGUGGCACACUUACCAACAUUUUCGAAUGCUGAUGAGUUAAAUGUUGCAUCUGGGGAUCUGACGGCGGGGCAAAAUACACUGGUAUCUGGCGACGGUGGCUUGAACCAUCAGCGGAGGGCACUUAAAGAGUUACAGCCACAUGAAAAGGAAAGUAGCCCAUCCUUUAUGCGAUAUGAUUCCUUUGAUUAUAGGCAAAUUCGGGUCAAAAGCCGUUCAAUGGGGACAAAAACCCAGAAACGACCGAUGCAUGGCCGCAUUUUGUAUUCCUCCUAUGACAGUACAUCUCGGAAUAUAGACACACAGUACGCGUCGAAGUUCAUCGAAACCGAUCUGCAGAGCAAUGUUGAUUCAACUCCGAACGCGAGCCGGAUGAGCAAUCCACGCUCAAACCAGGCCUUCUUGUGUGGUGUUGAUAACACCAGGACACUGCAAAAUGCGAAAGCAGUACUAAGAAAGCACAUGCAACAGUCGCUGGCGUCCUCUUUGCAUAGCAUGCACUCAACAGGGCAGUGCCUUCGUAGCGAAGGCGAUGCUCCUCUGGGGAAAGUCUACAAUCCUUUAGUUGUGCAUGGUAGUUUUGUAGCCCACGUACAAACUCCGGCACGAAAUGGAGGGGGAACUACUGGUGAAAGUUGUUCCUUAAGUGCACCUGGAGGAGGAGGAGGAGGAGGAGGAGGGGNGAGGAGGAGGAGGAAAUAG